UCAUACUGUUGGGGUCAUACUGUUGGGGUCAUACUGCUGAGCUCAUACUGUUGGGGUCAUACUGUUGGGGUCAUACUGUUGAGCUCAUACUGUUGGGGUCAUACUGUUGAGCUCAUACUGUUGGGGUCAUACUGUUGAGCUCAUACUGUUGGGGUCAUACUGUUGGGGUCAUACUGUUGAGCUCAUACUGUUGGGGUCAUACUGUUGGGGUCAUACCAUGUCUAAAAACAUAGCUGAGUGUCUUCUCUCCCAGUGAUAACGACAAAACAUAAUUUAUGUGCAAAUGAAUAAUAACGAUCUAUUCUCCUGUUCUCUCUUUCCCUAUUUUAAGCCAUCGUUGUAAAUAAUAAUGCGUUCUUAACUGACUUUCCUAGUUAAUUAAACGUUAAAUUAUAUAUAUUUUUUUAAAUCUUCAUAACCCUAUCAAUGAAUAACAAUCGCAACUGCCAAUGAAUGAAAAGGACAGCAGAACCUAACCUGCUGUCUGUCUUUCGAAGAACAUCAUUCCAAUGAAUGAAAAGGACAGCAGAACCUAACCUGCUGUCUGUCUUUCGAAGAACAUCAUUCCAAUGAAUGAAAAGGACAGCAGAACCUAACCUGCUGUCUGUCUUUCGAAGAACAUCAUUCCAAUGAAUGAAAAGGACAGCAGAACCUAACCUGCUGUCUGUCUUUCGAAGAACAUCAUUUCAAUGAAUGAAAAGGACAGCAGAACCUAACCUGCUGUCUGUCUUUCGAAGAACAUCAUUCCAAUAAUAUAAAAUGGCCAAUCUAUUCUCCUGUUGUCUCUCUCCCUAGCUGUCUCUAACCUGGAUGUGGAGAGUAAGCUCACAGUGCACUACCAGGCCCCAUGGCACCAGCACCACAACGUGUUUCACCCCUGCAGCCGGCCGCCAUGCGUAGAGGAGCUCCACAGACAUGCCAAGCAGAGCCUGCGAGCCCUGCACAGAGACCAACAGCAACGUCAACGGUCGAACAGCCGCGAGCGCAGAGUGACCAUCUCCAUCUCUGGGGCUCCUCCAAUGCCCACCCUCCCUUCCCCACGCACCCUCAGACGGCACGAGCAGAGGGGCAGGCACAGCCGCGCGCAGGCGAGACCAGACAGAGAGAUAGAAUAUCAACUGCGGAAGGAGAGACACGUGAGAGAGACAGACAUCCAGACAAUACACAGAAAGGAGAGACCUGGAAGGGAGGGUCACUGUCACACUAUACAGAGAAAGGCUGCCACUACCACUGACCCUGAUGCUGAGCCUGCAGUGGGCCACAGGUCUACUGGUGCUAUCCCCAACCCCCCCUCCACACUGGACAAGCAGACCAACUGGUCCAAGGCCCUGCCUCUGCCCACCCCUCAGGAGAGGAUGAAGAGUGACCCAGCAGUCGUGUCCUCGUGCAUCAUCCCCAUCAACGUCACUGGGGUGGGGUUCGACAGGGAAGCUAGUGUGCGCUGCUCCCUGGUACACUCCCAGUCUGUGCUGCAGAGGAGGAGGAAGCUGAGGAGGAGGAAGACCAUCACCGGGAUCCCCAGACGAGUUCAACAGGACAUGGACUCUGAUGAGUCUCCAGUGACGAGGGAAAGGACAGUGGUGGUCCACACCAACCCUCACCUGUCCCUCUGUCAGGAGGAGCUGUCCCUCCGAGGCGGACACACCAAGGACUCUGGCUGCCAGACGGACGACUGCCUGACCGGUGGCGGUGGCGCCCCGUCCAGGAGACGUAUACGUGCCCAGCGUGGCGGCCAAGGGGGUAUCCCCGCCUCCCUCUCCCACUCCACCGGGAACAUCUCCUCGCUCCCCGACCACCCUGACACCGCCAUGUACACCGCCUCCGGCUCCCGCCUUCGCUCCCGCAGCCUCCCCCGCGAGGGCGGCCGCAUACGCGACGAGGACCAGGACGACAGUGAUGAAGAUGAGGAUGAUGAUGACGACGAUGAUGACGAAGAUGAGGAGCUCUCUCCAUACGAGACGGAGGACUUCCUCCCGGGAACGGGGCCAAGGAUGUUAAAGGACGAGGAGGAGAGUACGGAUGACCAGGCCAUGCCAGAGCUGCAGCUGGGGAGUCUGAAGAGGAUACAGCAAGGAGACGGGGGGAGUCCAGAACACAUGUGGAUGGAGAGGGGUCGCUCCCGCCUCCCCCGUCAGGUCGACAUGGGGAACUGUGAGAUCUCCUCCAGUUCAGACACCUUCAGCAGCCCCAUCCACUCUGUCUCUACUACGGGGGUGCUGAGAGGACAGAUAGACCACAAGGAGGACCACCAGUCGUCCAGUGGUAACUGGAGUGGCAGCAGUUCCACAUGCCCCUCCCAGACCUCUGAGACACUCCCCCCCGCCGCAUCCCCCCCUCUGACCGGCUCCUCCCACUGUGACUCGGAGCUGUCGCUCAACGCCGCGCAGCACGCCAUCGAUGACCUCACCGGCUUUAUCAUCGACCCCUACCAUUCGGAUCAGCCGCAGGGCCAGGGUCAUAGGUCCAGCUCCUUCACCUUCUCAGCCACUGACCAGCUGGAUGAUGCAGGGGUCAGUACUGCCAGCGAGGGAGAGUGGACCUACCCUCAAGACCAGGCUGAUCAGGACCAGCUGUGUAGUCAGGACUUCAGCCCCAGGCGUUCAUCCAGGGGGGACCAGACCAGGAUAGACUUCACCAGCAUCAGCAGCUACGACGGCUUCUCAGACCGAGCUCCCCCUACUGCUGCAGCAGACUCCCAGGGCUUCUACUCAUCCUCCAUGCAGGGCCAGAGUUACAGGAGCUACAUGUACAACUAUGCAGCAGUGGGCUCUGGCGCUGACUGCGGCCAGGGUAAUACUGUGGGCGCUCCGCCUGGUGAGGGAGAGGGCAUGGCUGGGUAUCCUCCUCAGUCCUCUGACUACAGGGGAGCCACCCUGACGCUAGGGAGGCCGUGUCGUCCGCUGAAGAAACCAAAGGUCAAGCCACCCCCACCAAAACGGAGCUCAUCGCUGAAGGAGACGUGUAGCGCUGGUGCUCCAGAGAACGUCCCCCCUGAGCAGGGCGAUGAGCAGGGCGAUGAGCAAGGUGAUGAGCAGGGCGAUGAGCAGGGCGACCAGGACCAACCAAAGAUUCAUAGUAGUGGGCAGACCCAGACCCUGAACCUGCCCAUGUCUUCCAGAGACAGAGAGAUGAGGCUGCAGCUGGACAUGGCCAGCCCGGGGGAGGUGGAGAAUCCUGGGUUGGAGGCUGAGGCGGUGGGUGGUGGUGGUGCCUGGGGGAUGGGGAGCCCCAGGAGCCCCAGGACUGUGGAGAUGACGGAGCCCACCUCGUUCGGGUCCACUGACACUCACUCCUUCAAGGACGAGGGCGCCGUUCAGUCUGACUAUGCAGACCUCUGGUUCCUCAACGACUUGAAAUCCCAAAAUAACCUGGACCCCAACGGCUCCUUGUCCAACUCCAGCACUGCUACGGGUACUACUGUUAUUGAAUGCAUCAAGUCGCCAGUGGGCAGCUCCUCCUCUCCCGGGGGAGAGACCCAGGCGUUGAUGCAUUCCUCCGGCUCUGGUUCCAGCUCCUCCAGGCCCACCUCCCCUCCUCUUCCCCCUGGGGAUGGAGACUUCAAGCUGGGCUCUCCUGAGAAGCUGGCCGGCCUCGCCUCGCCCUCCAGCGGAUACUCCAGCCAAUCCGAGACGCCCACGUCUUCCUUCCCAUUAGCGUUCUUCCCCGGCCCGCUCUCUCCGACCAGCGGGAAACGGAAACCCAAAGUCCCCGAGAGGAAGUCUUCUCUAUCCUCGCUGCAGCACCAGGCCCAGACCCAGUUCUCUAGCUCGGCCUCUGGGUCCUCCUCUUCCUGUUCCUCUUCCUCUUCCUCGUCAUCCAGGAAGGACUAUGACUUCCCGGCUCCACCCACCCAGCUGGACUUAAGUUCUCUUCACAGCGCCCAUGGCAGCCGGCCGUUACCCACUCUGGCCCACCGGACCCACAUGCACACGCUGCACCAGAACAAGCAGAGGGCAGCAGCAGCAGCAGAGGCCCGGGCCGCCGCGUGUAACACUGCAGCCGCUAACACUAAUGCUAAAGCUAGUGCUAACGCUAAAGCUAGUGCUAACGCUAGUUAUAAUGCUAACGCUAGUGCUAGUGCUAACGCUAGUGCAGCCCCCUCUGGGUUUAUCAAUGGAUCCACUCUGACUCCAGAGGCCCCACUUGCUGCCAACCCCAUGGCCCUGGCCAUCACCCCCACUGUGCUGCGCUCCGUCCAGCUACGUUCCAUCGGCCACAGGGCCACCAAUGGUUCUCAGCCCCAGGCCCGGGGCCAGGCUCAGGGUGCUCAGGGCCAGGAGCCUCCACCACCACCACCACAAGCAUGGGCCCACGAGGCUUCAGGGGCCCCUGCCACCAGACCCAAGAUGCCCAGUGUAACCAUCGUGACCCCCCACUCUGACACCAACACCAGGCCCCUGCCACCCAGGAGACCCAUCGCCCAGAAACCCCCACCACCACCGACCCAGGACCCCCACCACCCUUCUCAGGAGUACCACCACCACUCUGUACCCCAGCCCCAGCACCACCCCACCCCCAUGCAGCACCCAGAUGGCCCCCCGACCUAUGAGAGCCUGGCCAGGCACCGGCAGGACCGCUACAGCCCCGGAACCUUCUGGGCAAUGACGGCGUUCCGGACGCGCCCUACGGAACCUUUGGAACCUUUGGAACUUGAGGAACCCACGCACCGAGCGCCACCGCCAACUCCGGAACCCGUGAUUCCUACUACACACCCGGAGUGCCACGUGCUAGGGGAACGGAUAGAGGAUGAAGAAGACGAGGAUGAGGAAGAGCACGAUAGAGAGAUAUCAAGGGUUAUGAGUCACAGUCAAGGCCUCAUUAGAGAAUAUCGAGAAUAUCAUCAAAGAGAUCAUCCAAGGGAACCACCGACGUACGAGACGCUAGAGGAGUCCCACUCAUAUCAGUCCCAGUCACAUUAUCACAGCCAGUCACAGACACACUCCUGUCACAGUCAAAUGGUCCAGAGGUGGGACUUGGGCCCAAGCAGCGGUCCUGACAAAGUGCCCGGUGUAACGGUGGAAGCAUCACACCCUUACUCAAUCAGCCAUGUGAUAGAUCUAAGAGGUCGGAGUGGAGAGGACCGCUAUGAGAUGACAUCAUCAGGGGUUCCUACCAGAAGUGCCUCUCAGGAUAACAGCAGAGAUGACUCCACCACACCGGACACAGAGGACUACUUCAGCAAAGAGUCUACUAGUCCCAGUGAUAACUCCCUCUCUCCUCUGACUGACGAAACAACCAAACCUGAUGAUGAUGUUGUCUUCAUGUCGCCCAGCAAAUCACGUACUACUGAAGAUCUGUUCGCCAUGAUCCACAGGUCCAAGAGAAAAGUCCUGGGCCGUAAAGACUCUGGAGAGCUGACUGGGAAGAGCCGUCUGUGUCCUCCUCCAGCUGCCGUAGUUCCACCUGCAGCUAUCCUCCCAGCCAUCCCCCCUCCGCCCCCUCUCAUCAUCCCCCCCGCCCCAGCCCUCUCCACCCUGACCGCGGCCGGGACCCAGCGCACCCCAGGACCCAUCUACCGCAGCGCCAAGAAGUCCAGCACCUCCAACGAGGAGUUCAAGCUGCUUCUCCUGAAGAAGGGCAGUCGGACUGAUUCCAGCUACCGCAUGUCUGCUACAGAGAUCCUCAAGAGCCCCAUCGCCCCUAAGUCCCCUGGGCACCCAUUGGCUGCUGAGGGCCAGGUCAGGUACUCCACCGAGGAGCCCCCCUCUCCCCUGCAGGAGCCAUCAUUGCAGGCGGCCGGGGAGCAACUCUUCCCCCCCAGCCUCUUCCCCAGGCCCAGUUCAGACAGCUUCAGCCCUAAAACACCCCCCACGUCGGCUUCGUCCAGACAGGGGCGCUCCCGGAUUCCCCCUGCAGCCAAUAGUAGUCGCUACAGCACCCGUAGCCGACUCUAUACGGCACCCAUGCAGGUCAUAUCAGAGGGGGAGACUGAGAACUCAGAUGGGAGUCCCCAUGAUGAUCGCUCCGCGUAAUGAUCGCUCUGCUCAGUGCAGAAACAUGUACCCUAAUCCUUAUUUGGUGUGCUACUUUUGACCAGGGCCCAUAUAAGGAAUAGGGUGCCACUUGGGACGUAGACAUAUUUAUAUGGAUCUGGUUCAGUGCUGUUACUGUUCUUAUCUACUGAGUACUGACGGAUACACAACUCAACAAAGAGGGUAUAACCAGAGAGAAGACUACUCUGGACUACCUGCCUGGGGAUUUGAUAUCUUGGUGCAGAACUGAAGAACACGACUUUGUGUUUUGUUCAGAGUGUAAAAGAAAGAAAAAAAAAUGUUCUUGUUUUGAACUUUGAACUCCCUUUUUAAAUAACCCAAGAUCCUGUAUUGAGUGAAAUGUGGACAAGAGGAGAAAAAUGGAGCGGUAAGACAACCUGUGUGUGUGUUGGAGCAAAUGGAACAUCCAUCGUCCUUUUUUUAUCUUCUUGGAUGUUGGAUGACUUGUAUGUCGUGUCCUAACGUGACCCUAAAAUAACUGCUUUCCGAAAGAAUUGCAUUUCUCUCUACACUUUACCCAGAGGACAGGUCAUUAUUUCAACCAUAAACAAAAUAUUCCCAGUCGACAAAAUGAAUAAGCUAUAUGUUUUGUAUUGCUACCGCCCCAACACAAAACAAUGGACUGUGAUCACUAUUGACAACCAUGUGUCAAAGUAUUGUUUUGCCAAGAGUGAGUUAACAACACACAUAGGUCAACAUGCCAUCCUCACAUAGAUCAACUACAUGUAAAGAAAUAGGAAUGACCUAUGACCCUAGAAGAGCUCUCAGUGCAGGGAUUCCUGGCAGGGACACAUAAGGGAAAUAUUUGGUCUUGUUGAAGUGAUGUGGUGCAGAUGUCAAGGUGUCAGAAGAGAUGAUGGGACAAUCGUGCUGUGGCCUUUCUGCGCUGGAGGGCCAAGCAUGCCGGGGGUUCACUGACUACUCUAGAGGAGAUAUUUAGGACUAUAAAAACAAACAAAGAGAGAAAAGCUAUCGAGGGUCUUUACCACUAAUGUUUGGCUAGCUAGCUGGGAGGUUGAAAUGGAUCGGGGUUUCAAAGCCUAACUUCUCCUUUGCACUUCGUCAUUAUGAAUUCUUCAAGAAUAUUCCUUGAGAAAAAUAAAACGAAUCUUAUAAUGGAAAAUUCCUAUUGUGUAUAUUUGUAUUGAAUAUAAAAGAACAUAGCUAUAUGAAGAGACAUACAAAACCUUUUUUAACGACACAAAUCCAUUAUUUGUAGCAGAGUGGAUUGGUGAUGUAGAAAUAGAAUAACUACAUUCUAGAAUGACUAGAUUCUGUUUCUAUGGGGAUAGGUGGGGGGGGGGGAUGCAAUCUUUCCGUAGUUCCGUAACAUCAGUAGCCAGGGGCACGUCACAAAGCCCAACACGUUAAUCAUACAACCUUAUUAAGAGAAACAACAAAUCAUCUGUGUCCUUGUGAAAAUAUCGGUUGAAUCUUUAAGAUUUCACUCAAAUAUUACGCUUCUCUCUAGUGUUUUUUUUCAGGUAUCUAACUAAUUUAACAUAACAAAUGGGGUUUAUACAUUUUAAGUAAUGACAUUCUGGUGAACAGACCAAUCUUGAAGAGUUGUGUUUCUACAUUGAAAAACAAAGUGUAGAUCAAUGAAGUCACUCAAUGUGUUCUAUGAAUACCUCUGCAACCAUAUGACUGUUCGUUUGUACAGAUCUAUAACAUAGAGAUACACAGACUAAAGAACAACUGUUACUCAGCGAACAUUUGAAUUGCAGAACUAACUGACACUGUGUACGAGGUUACAGGAGGAAACAAGCUGUGAACUAAUUCGAAUUUGACAUGAAUUAAUAUCUGUUGCUGCAGAGCACUGUGGUGUUCAUUGUUUUAUCAGUGUUUUCAUCUAUCGCAUGCAAUAAACAAAAAAAAACACCAUAUCAUUUUCAAGAGGGGAAAUAUCUGUUAGAGAUACUACCACGAGAAAAGAUAUCCAAUUUUCAGUUUCAUUUUUGAAUAUGUAAAGUUGGGUGUAAUUCAAUAUAUGUACAAAAUGUUUGACAAUUCUGUUUUGUAUAGUUGUGUUCAUGGACAGGGGGGUAUCUUGUACUGUAAAAUGAACAAAAAUGACUGGACAAUCAAACAGAGAAUUUGGAAAAACGUAAGAAAGUUAUAAGAGUACGUAGGUUCCAGGUAAGGGAUGAGUACGUUCUGGAGUUAGUUAUUACGUAGGUUCCAGGUAAGGGAUGAGUACGUUCUGGAGUUAGUUAUUACGUAGGUUCCAGGUAAGGGAUGAGUACGUUCUGGAGUUAGUUAUUACGUAGGUUCCAGGUAAGGGAUGAGUACGUUCUGGAGUUAGUUAUUACGUAGGUUCCAGGUAAGGGAUGAGUACGUUCUGGAGUUAGUUAUUACGUAGGUUCCAGGUAAGGGAUGAGUACGUUCUGGAGUUAGUUAUUACGUAGGUUCCAGGUAAGGGAUGAGUACGUUCUGGAGUUAGUUAUUAUGUAGGUUCCAGGUAAGGGAUGAGUACGUUCUGGAGUUAGUUAUUACGUAGGUUCCAGGUAAGGGAUGAGUACGUUCUGGAGUUAGUUAUUACGUAGGUUCCAGGUAAGGGAUGAGUACGUUCUGGAGUUAGUUAUUACGUAGGUUCCAGGUAAGGGAUGAGUACGUUCUGGAGUUAGUUAUUAUGUAGGUUCCAGGUAAGGGAUGAGUACGUUCUGGAGUUAGUUAUUACGUAGGUUCCAGGUAAGGGAUGAGUACGUUCUGGAGUUAGUUAUUAGUAAAAAGAUCCAGGGUGAAAUCCUUGUGAGAGUCAGAUGAAUUGAGCUUGAGAUGGGACGGGAGGUAGGAUGGGUAUGUGCAUGCGUGUGCACUUGUGUGUGUAUGUGUGCGUGCGCAUCUGUGUGUGUGUAUGUGUUACGUGGACAGUGAGCAGAGCAGGUAGAGGUAGGGUCGUCGUUAGGUAGGGCAACGCACUACAAUUCCUCCCUGUACUCUUAGAAAAAAAGGUGCUAUCUAGAACCUGAAAGGGUUUUUCGGCUGUCCCAAUAGGAGAACCCUUUGAAAAACCCUUUUUGGUUCCAAGUAUAACCCUUUUAGUUCUAGGUAGAACCCUUUUGGGUUCCAUGUAGAACCCUUUCUACAGAGGGUUCUACACGGAACUUAAAAGGGUUCUACCUGGAACUGAAAAGGGUUCUCCUAUGGGGAGAGCCGAACAACCCUUUUGGAACCUGUUUUUCUAAGAGUGUGUGGUAUAAUUGUGUUAACAUUCUAUUUCAUCUUAUCGUUUUACAAACUGUUGGACUAUAAAACUGCAGCCAUUCAUUUGCCUGGUGUUGAAAUGCCAUACUAUAUAUAUAUCUAGGAGUUUGGUGAACCUUUCUGUGGUCAAAAUGACACAAAAUGGCUGGUUAGACACUGGGGAACAUUGGGGAACAUUGGGGAACCAAGAGACAGGUACCUCUCUAUGCAUUGUGUCUCUCUUUUAAAUGUAGAUUAUGGUGCGACAACUUGCCAGGAUCUACAAGAUGACAUUCAUUAAUGACAAUAAUUAUACAACAUUGUAUAGAAACUAUUUUUAAUCACAGGAUAUUUUAUCCAGAGAGUUCUUUUAUUAUCAUAUUGAAUAACCUAGAAGAGGAAUGAAGGUGAAACUGAAAGACAUUUCAUAUCAGAGUAAUAUCACGAUUGAACUGAACUGGCUGAUGCUAAACGUGACGGUGCAUUCUUAGAAUGCAUCCCAAAUGGCACCCUAUUCCCUACCUAGUGCACUACUCCAUAGGGCUCUGGUCAAAAGUAGUGCACUACAUAGGGAAUAAAAGGGGGCCAUUUCUGACUCAGUCUUAGAAUAUGAACGUUAAACUAUAUGGUGUCAAAAUCCACCUUGAGUAGAUAUUUGGGAUCCUCUGAAGUCAUUUUUAAUUGUUCAUGUGGAUUAGUAACAGUAGUUUGACAUAAUCUGUAUGCAGCCCAAAAAAUAUAUAGAUUAUAUUUUGAUGAUUUGUGUUCCCAUUGCAAGUGUCUUUCAACUUUCGGUAAAGUAGCAAUGUAGCCAUUUCUCCCCAGGCCAGGCCCCACAGACUAAAGACAUUGGUUCGUCUGAGUCCAGGCCCCACAGACUAAAGACAUUGGUUCGUCUGAGUCCAGGCCCCACAGACUAAAGACAUUGGUUCAUCUGAGUCCAGGCCCCACAGACUAAAGACAUUGGUUCAUCUGAGUCCAGGCCCCACAGACUAAAGACAUUGGUUCAUCUGAGUCCAGGCCCCACAGACUAAAGACAUUGGUUCAUCUGAGUCCAGGCCCCACAGACUAAAGACAUUGGUUCAUCUGAGUCCAGGCCCCACAGACUAAAGACAUUGGUUCAUCUGAGUCCAGGCCCCACAGACAAACGUUUUCAAAUAAGAAACUAUUGCCUGCCUUUCCCUGAGACAUAUCCAAUGUGUGUAACAGGGCGAUUCCAUUUCAAUACCAGUCAAUUCAGAAAGUAAACCAAAUUCUCAAUUCCAAUUCCAAAUUUCUCCUCUUUGAAAAUCAUUGAAGACAAUCGGAAUUGGAAUUUCAGUUUACUUCCUGAAUUGACUGGAAUUGAAAUGGAUUCGAGCCCAACACAGAAGUGUAAUAGCCCAACACAGAAGUGUAAUAGCCCAACACAGAAGUGUAAUACCCCAACACAGAAGUGUAAUAGCCCAACACAGGAGUGUAAUACCCCAACCCUGAAGUGUAAUACCCCAACACAGGAGUGUAAUAGCCCAACACAGAAGUGUAAUACCCCAACCCUGAAGUGUAAUAGCCCAACACAGAAGUGUAAUAGCCCAACACAGAAGUGUAAUACCCCAACACAGAAGUGUAAUAGCCCAACACAGAAGUGUAAUAGCCCAACACAGAAGUGUAAUAGCCCAACACAGAAGUGUAAUAGCCCAACACAGAAGUGUAAUAGCCCAACACAGAAGUGUAAUACCCCAACACAGAAGUGUAAUAGCCCAACACAGAAGUGUAAUAGCCCAACACAGAAGUGAGAGCCAGAGGUAAUAAUCUUCUCUUGUUUGCAUUGACCUAGACACCUUUUAACCUCGGAUUAAAAAAAUAUACUGUUUUCCUCUGAGACAUGAUUCCCUGAAGUCUAAAAACAAACCAGAAGAGAUUCUCCUAUUGCACUGGUAUAGUGGAGCUUGUGAAGUGUUUCCCUUUUUGGCUGUAACCUGACGUUAUAUUGAUGAUGAUAUGUGAUGAUUUGUGUAAAAGACUGUAUUUCCCCUAUCGAUUAAAAUAUAUUAUACAUGGUUCAUUAAUUUAGGAUGCAUGAUCAGGAUAGCACAGGCCAUGCUUCUGCCAAAGGGUUUCAGAGAGUCACAAGUGUACUGGAAAGAACCAACACACAAAAAUAAUGAUUUUGAAACUUUAAAUAUUAACAUUAAUACAUGAAAAACCUACUUUAAAAAGAUGAAAACCAAAACCCAACUAUUUAAAAGGAUGAGUGGUACAGUGUAACUGGCUCGGGCGGUACAAGAUGCUCCUGGCUCAAAGCUGGAACAUGACACAUUACAUCACCUUUUUCUAUUUUUGUACAAAAACGAAAUGUAAAUAGUAAACCUUUUUAAAAAUGUUGCAAAGAUCUUUUUCUUUUUUGUAAAAUAUUUUCAAAGUUUACAUGAUUAAUUAAUGAAUUAAUUCCAAGCCUUUGUAUAUUUUGGAGCUGUGCAACACUAUUUCAGUCUUGUAUUUAUUUUUGGGUAAACGUGAGACCUCCAUUGACUGCAUUAUAUCGUAUUGAUUUGACAGCUCAUCAGACUGCUCAGUGACUGGGCAUAGAAAAGGACAAUAAAUGUGACUGCGUUUGAAAAGAAA